AGGUCGUUCUGGUUGUUACGCCUUGCUGUAGCCGAGCGCAAAUUCCACUUCUGCCCGUGCAACACCCACUCCAAAUCUUACUUUACUGUCUGUGCUCCAUCCGUGACAUUUUUUGUUACAAUGAUUGUACCCACCACAUCAUCAGUGUCCAAAACUGUGGACAGCUCAUUGUAUACUGGCGAAUUGUUUGAGCAAGAAAAUCGCAAUCUGCAACAGAAGCCACAUUCGUGCAUAAGAAGGAGAGCCUUGGGCAACCUACACUGCAACUCAGUACAAGCCUUGCGUACAAAUGAUAGUGAAUUUAGAUUCAAAUUGCCUGUACAACGUCAGCCCAGUGGACUCGGUUCAAAGUCAAACAAGUUGGACACAGAAACUGGCUCUAACGCUUGCACCACGCAGGUGUCUCGUCGAAACGAACGUGAACGUAAUCGUGUCCGCCUUUUGAACAUGGGGUUUGAACGACUUCGAGCAGUUGUGCCCAGUCAUUCCGGUGAACAGCUCAGCAAGAUAUCGACACUGAAGAAGGCCAUCUGGUACAUUGAGCACUUGGAUAGGGUGUUGCACGGGCAGAAUGAACCCCCACGGUCUAUUCCGUAUCCAGCCAUUACCACAAUUCCAUCUACUGUCGCGGUAGCGCAGGAUUCCAAAACUUUUCCAUCCACGUGCGACAAUGGGGGGACUACUCGGAUCGGCGUGGCAGGCGUGGGGACUGGAGCGACCUCCUGGUCUUCCCCCGCAAACACCCCUGGGUUUCACACAAUCCGAGGGGGAAGACCGGUGCAACAUGCGUCAUCACCCAUCUUUCCUUCAAGAUGGGAUAUUGGAUGUGCCAACAAUAUCAUAGCAUCAACUCCGAAAUGCACGCACCGUGCUUCAGGAACAUCAGGCACUGCUGUAAAACGUCCCCAUGAUUCUGGAUAUCUAAGUGUGGAUAUUACAUCACAGACUGCUUAUGACCUUCAAAGUUGUUCACUAACGCCGUCCUCGAUGAUGAUCCAGCAUCAACACCCCGGUUUCAUAGGAAAUACUCCGAAUCUCGGAUCUCAAUAUUCGAAAGCACUGUACCAGGGACCUGGGUACCCCAUGUGACAGUCAUCUGAUACAAAGAAGUAAAUCCGAAGAUUUCCUUGUGGCGCAUCGUUAAAGAUGUCGAAUAUCAACACGCUGCGUGAAUGGAACAUUAAUCCGUUUCCUUGACUGGGAUUACCUCGUAACUAGAAGCCAACGAAAUUUGGGAGCACGAACAAUCCGAAUGAUGAAGUCAUGUGCAAAUUGAGCCUGAAUAUUUUUUACGUCGGUUUAUCCUACACAUUCAUUUGUAUUUUUACUUUUCUUAUACAUCGCUUGCAGUUCCCUA